AUGGAUGUGGUUUUGGAAAGCUCACGUAUUGCAAAAAAUGUUUCGUUCACAACAUAUUGCCGUCUUUUAGAAAAAUUAGCCUCAAGCGAUGGAAUCAAAACAAAAGAAAAUUUUUUAUCCAAAUUCAUAACUCUGUGGGAGACCCAGUAUCUUGAAUUGGACUCAAGAAGUCAGUAUCCGUCUGGUGGUCGAGCCAGUCUGUACUUACUUUUACGUUUGCUGAUUCCUUCACAUGAUAGAUUAAGGAAAGCUUUCGGGUUACGUGAACAUACACUAUCAAGGCUAAUAAUCAAAGCCAUUGGACUUGCACCAAACAGUCUGGCUGCUCGUAAACUUGCACAUAUUCAACCUAAUGCUAUCCAUCGACAGACUGAUUUUGCCGAUGUAGCUUAUGUAGUGCUGAAAACUCGGUGUCGCGAGGACAGCGUUUUGUCCGUCAAGGAUCUGAAUACUUAUUUAGAUGAUCUGACCACUGCUGAAUCAUAUGAUAUGCGUUUACAAGUAUUGCGAUCAUUAUUACAGUUAACUACAGCUUUAGAACAAAAGUGGAUUAUACGUCUUAUUGUUAAACGAGAUUCUGGUUGUGGCCUAAGCGCGAAGAGUAUUCUCAAAUGUUUUCAUCCAGCUGCAGUCUCUGUUUUCGAAGUCACACAAGAUCUUCUCCCGCUGUGUGAACGAAUUGCAAAUAUACCGUCUUCUAGUAUGUCUUUAUUGACAGGUGAUACUAAUAGCUUGACGAACUCAACCAAUAUCACUCUUUUUGUUCCAUUUCGACCUAUGCUUUGCGAGCGCGCUAAUAGUGGUGAUAUGCUUGUUAACGCCGCACUACAUUUGUACGGUAAACAGAACCAAGGUGAUGCUAAAGGAUUAAAUCUUCUUUUCGAAACCAAAUUCGAUGGAGAACGGGUUCAACUUCAUAAAUCGAAUAAUUCCUAUAGAUAUUGGUCAAGAAAUGGUUUAGAAUGGACUGCAAGCUAUGGUGAAGAUGGUACUCAGGAUUUUGACAGAUUAUCUGCUCGAUUACACUGUGGAUUUGCACAGCAUGUAACUGAUUGCAUAUUGGAUGGAGAAAUGAUGAUUUAUAGUAAUUGGUCAGAUUCAGUUAUGUCAAAGUCAACAAAUUUCGAUGUUAAACGCAGUUCCUAUCAGAAUCCAGAAAUCGACAAUUAUCAACCGUGUUUCAUUGUCUUCGAUAUACUGUAUUUGAAUGCACAAUUACUAACUUCGAAGUCCUUACUGGAGCGUAAACAUCUUCUAUCAGAGGCAUUUAAUCUGAACCCAACAUCAUUGGAUUCUGACUCAUUUAUGGACAGUAAUGAAUCAUUAGAUUUCAAACCGAUUCCUAUUAUAAAUGGUAUUUUGUACGUUUCUAAAUGGUAUACUACUGCAGCACGUCAAACAGAAGUUGCAAGAGCAUUUAAUCAUCUUGUGGAUAAUCAUCAAGAAGGUCUUAUAGUGAAAAUAGCGAAUUCUCCAUCACCUUACCUACCUGGUAUUAGAACUGAUGGUGGCUGGUGGAAAAUUAAACCAGAUUAUAUACAAGGUUUAUUAGAAGAUUUAGACUGUUUAAUUGUUGGUGGUUAUUUUCAACAUCGUGGAAAUAAGAUCAUAACAAGAGUUAAUCAUUUUUUAUGUGCAGUUCGAGCUGAUGAAUCACAUGAAUCUACUUCAGAAGAGAAUUUCAAUUUAACACGAUUUUAUACAUUUUGCAAGGUUAAAUCUGGGCUAACAGUUAAACAAUUAAAAGAAAUUAAUCGGUUGUUAGGAAAACACUGGAAGGUUUACGACAAAAAACAUCCUAAUUCUAAUAGUACAGAAUGGUUAUGUGUGAAUUCUGAACGUCCAGAUGUAUGGAUAGCUCCACGAUCAUCGCUUGUUUUACAGCUUCAUGGAGCUGAAUUAAUACAGAGUAAUUCGUAUUCAUGUGGAAUGACUCUUCGAUUUCCUCGUGUGGUGGCUAUACGUCAUGAUAAAAGUUGGCGUGAUUCCCUAUCAAUGAGUGAAUUAAUUAAGCUAAAUGCUGAAACAGAGGGUAAAUUAGCCACAAAACGAUUAUCACUUGUUCCAACAUUCUCUGGACUUGCAACUGUUCAACAUCAACAAUCAUUUACAGAUAUAAGUAAUAUAAAUAAUAGUUGUUCUGAUUUAAAUCAAAGUAGUGGAUAUCAUACGUUAAAUGAAACCAUUGAACAACAUGAACAACAACAACUGACAACAAUUGAAUUAUCGAUUAAUGUUGAUCAACAACAACCUUUAGCAACAUCAUCACCUGUUAAACAACGUAGAAUUGAUAAUAUUUAUCAUGAACAUUCAAAUUACUUUGAAAAUCUUGAAAUAUGCCUUUGGUUAUCGAAUGAUAUUGAAUUGGAUAAAAAGAUGGAAUAUGAAACUAGUAUUCGUAAUCAUGGUGGUGUUGUUGUACAAAAUCCAUCGAACAAUACUUUCUGUAUUGUUGCUGAUAAGCUUACAUUAAAGAUAAAAAAUUUGCUAAGCUAUUCUAGUACUUCAAAUAAAAAACGCUCUUCACUUAUUGAAUACAAUGUAGUUCAUUUGAAUUGGUUACUUGCUUGUAUCAAUAAGAAAUCUCUAUUAGCAUGGAAACCAAAAGAUAUGUUUGCAAUGAGUUCAUCUAUUGCUGCUAAAAUGUCUCAAGAAUAUGAUAAAUUUGGUGAUAGUUACAGUGAACCGAUUACAUCUGAUGAAUUGAAAUUAAUCUUUAAUGAUAUUUCAUGUUCUGGAUCAUUGACAGAAGAAGAAGAAGGAGAUAGAUCAAAAUUAACGGUUCCAAAACUCAGUCAUUAUUCAAAAUUGAAACUUUUAUUAGAUGAAUUUCCGAAUGAUAUGGAAGUUUUACACCCGUUGACAGGUUAUAUUUUAGUACUUAUACGUCCAUUGUUUAAUUCAAAAAAUAAUGAUGAGAAAAAAAUUGAAUCAACUAGUUUGGAAAUUCAUCAACAAUUAAUGAUUACUGAUCUACGUAGACUUGGUUCAAUGUGUAUAGGACCUGUUGGUGUAUAUAAGUCAGAAUCGGUGCUUAAUUUACAGUCGUUAUUGAAUACAGCUUAUCAUAAUUUAUUGUCUAUCGAUUCACAUACAAAUGAUUGUAUGCGAGCACUGAGUAAUAAUUGUAUCAAUCCAACGCAUGUUGUAAUGUUAUCAACUUCCAAUGAAACUGAAUUUAAUAUCUGGUUAAACGAGAAUUCUUCCAUAUUAAGCUCUUGGAUUCGUCAAUUUACUCGUAUUCCAUAUUUCCUCAAAGAUAGUUGGUUAA